CGCCGGGACGCCAACCAGUCUGUACGAGGACGCCAAGGUCGCGCGUACAUGUGCAUCGCCGACGCCUCUUUGAGAUAGUAUCAUCAAUGAGAGAGAAAGACACUGGUCGGUUUUGGACGGUGUUCUAGUUUCCGAAGUCGCGCCAGGGAAACUUCCGGAGCCGACGGUUGUUGUGGAUUUUUUUUCUUCGAACUGUGGGAUUUUUCGAAUAUGGACGUUUUGAACUUUUUAGACGCGAAAAAUUAAUUUUAUUAUGAGCUGCGGUUCGAACAUGAUUGUGCGAACGUUCAGAACAUCAAGAAUGGAUAAUUUCCAUAUAUUGCCUGCAUAGUCCUAAUCACCUAUGAGAAUGCGUUAUAAUCCAUCAAUGACAACCAAAUGAAAACACAAUGAUAGUAAAUGCUAUGGCUUCACAUUCGGCAACACUAACUACGAAUCUGGCGAGCGUCCUGCAAAACACCACCCUGCACAACAGGACUAACGUAACGACCAUUGAAAACACCCACCCCGACUGGCUGGAUUUACUGCUUUUAAUCGUCAAGGGAUGCGUAUUCAGUAUAAUAAUCAUAGCCGCGGUCUUGGGCAACGCCCUGGUGAUAAUUAGUGUGCAUCGGCAUCGUAAACUCAGAGUAAUAACGAAUUAUUAUGUGGUGAGUUUGGCCAUGGCGGACAUGCUGGUCGCUCUCUGUGCAAUGACGUUCAACGCUAGUGUAGAAUUAACGAACGGCAAAUGGUUAUUCGGAUACUUCAUGUGCGAUGUUUACAAUAGCUUAGACGUUUACUUCUCUACAGCGAGUAUUCUUCAUCUUUGUUGUAUAAGUGUAGAUAGAUAUUACGCGAUCGUUCGACCGUUGGAGUACCCGAUCACCAUGACCCACAAGACGGUGUCUUUCAUGCUGGCCAAUGUCUGGGUACUGCCGGCUCUGAUGAGUUUCACACCAAUCUUUCUCGGUUGGUACACCACCGAGGAGCACAAGGACUUCCGGCUCAACAAUCCGGACGUGUGCAUCUUCAUCACUAACAAAUACUACGCGGUGAUCAGUAGUUCGAUAAGCUUCUGGAUACCGGGCAUCGUGAUGGUGACCAUGUAUUGUAGGAUAUACAAGGAAGCCGUGAGGCAAAGGAAGGCGCUGACCAGGACGUCGUCGAACAUUAUUCUAAAUUCUAUUCACCAGCACCGAACGUCUUACCGAGAUAGAUAUAGUGAUAGGUAUAGUGAACAGUAUCUUCAUCCUUACGACGGGGAGCUCACCACUGUCGGGCAGGUUAAUGGAAGGCGAAGCACCAGCUCCGGAUCGGCCGUUUCCUACGGAACAACAAUCACCGAAUUCAAUACUGCUAUUAAUACCAGAGACAGCAAAGCUGCCACCGAACUCAACGUCAAUGGAACGACCAUCCGACAACAAUCGAAAAGUUGGAGAGCCGAGCACAAAGCGGCAAGGACUCUGGGCAUCAUUAUGGGUGCAUUUUUGUUUUGUUGGCUUCCGUUUUUUCUCUGGUACGUGAUAACGAACUUAUGCGGAGAGUCCUGCUACACGCCCGACUGGCUGGUGGGGCUGCUCUUCUGGGUGGGCUACUUCAAUUCCGCCCUCAAUCCGCUGAUAUACGCUUACUUCAACCGGGACUUCCGAGAAGCCUUCAUGGACACGCUGCUGUGCGUGAUGCCCUGCUGCUUCAGCUGCUGGAAAACACCCGCUAGGUUCCUUUAGCCUCAACAUUCGAGGUCUGAUUACUAUCAAGACGAAAGACUGUGAUAUUGAGUCGCUUUUAAAGCUUCUUCUUCUUAUCGACUGGAUUGGGAAAAGGAUUAGGUGCUUCUGUCUUCGAGUUCCCCAAGAUGUCGAUGAUUCAUUUUGAUCGUUAGAAAGAUGGAUGAAAAGACUACGAUGGAGUGUCACAAAAUUAACUAGCUAAUUUAAAAGAGAUUUGUUGCUCAUUUUCGUAUAAAUUUGUUAUGUAUUGUUUAACAUAUUUUCGACAUUUUUAUAAAUUGUGACACAGCAAGCCAGGAGAGAUGUGUAAAAAUAACUGUAUUUUAGGUUUAAUAAUUUUUUGCAUGUUGCAAAAAAGUGAUUUUCGAUAGCGAUAAAUUCUAACCCGAAAUUAUGAAGAUAGUUUAUUGAAUUUUAAAAUUUACAAACCAUAUUUUCCUGCUUCUUUUUUAAAAAUUAUUUACAUGUGGAACAGUUGAUACUUAAAGCAAUAAAUCAAGACUAUUUUUUGGCUUUUGUAGUUACUUACAUUAAAACCACAAACAGGCCUAAUAAAAUGUAUUUAUAAAAUUCAAAAUAAAUGAUAAAAGAAACUAAUAUCAUAAAAAUUAUCAGGUUUUUUAACACAUGACGACAAUCUACUUUGAACUAGUACAGUAACCAUGCAUAUCAAUAUAAAAUGUAGGUAUUUCAAUUAUUUACGUAAUACAGUGCGACAACAAUAAAUGUAAAGGUCUUCAGCUAUACCAGUCGCACUGUACCUAUUGGUAAGUGAACAUGGAUAGUGCAUCCGUCCGACGAGAAAGAAAUUUCAGGAAUUUAGGCAAAUGAUUUUUGGAAUGUCGAUAAUUGUAAUUAACGUUCACGAUACAAUUUUAAUUAGCGUUUACGCCGAAAACGAAUCGAAUGGAUUCGCCGGCAUGUCUACAUGUCUGUUUGUGGUUUUCACACAACGUGAUUGUUUAUGAACUCCAUUAGAAACUAAAUUGAACUAAAGUUUUCCCAUUUUAGUGCAUCUAAUGAAUAAAAAUAUUACAGGAAUGGGUUUUAUUAUGUUCACUGAAAGUCUACGUUGCCAGGUCUAGUAAAAUUUCAAUAAAUAUAGCGAUUUUUACAAAUGUGCUAUUGAUUUGUGGGUAGGUACUUUUAAUGAUGUUUUAUUUAUGUUUUCGAAUAAAACAAUUUUUCAAAAGAUUUAGAAAUUACUUAACUAAUAAUAAAUCAA